GGCGAGGAGAAGUCACGUGGGCUGGGGGCGGAGUCACGCUUCGGCUUUCUAGAAGGUACGCGAAUAGCGGCGCGCGGGCGAGCUCGGCCGGCGCUGAGGGAGGGAGUAAUGGCGGAAGGUGGCGUCCCGGAUCUGGAAACCCAGAAGAAUGAGAUCGGGAACUUAUUGAAAACACUGCUCAAAAAGGGAGAUUCGUGGUACCUGAUAGACAGUAGGUGGUUUAAACAAUGGAAGAAAUAUGUGGGUUUCGACAGCUGGGACAUGUACAGUGUAGGAGAACGUGGGAUGUUUCCUGGCCCAAUUGAUAAUUCUGGGCUUUUUGCAGAUGUAGAGUCGCAGGCCUUGAAGGAGCACCUUAUUGAUGAGCUGGAUUAUGUCUUGGUUCCAACUGAAGCUUGGAACAAGAUGGUCAGUUGGUAUGGUUGUGUUGAGGGUCAGGAGACCAUAGAACGAAAGGUGGUUGAGCAUGGAAUGUUUGUAAAGCACUGUAAGGUGGAGGUUUACCUUCUAGAACUGAAACUCUGUGAGAACAAUAAUAUGAACAAUGUGGUGACGCGUCAUUUCAGCAAAGCAGAUACAAUAGAUACAAUAGAAAAAGAGAUGCGAAAGCUAUUCGAUAUCUCAGCAGAAAAGGAAACAAGGUUGUGGAAUAGGUACAUGACAAAUACGUACGAACAGCUCAAUAAGCCAGACAAUACCGUGCAAGAUGCUGGUCUCUACCAGGGACAGGUGUUAGUAAUAGAACUGAAGAAUGAUGAUGGAACAUGGCCGAGGCAAGCAUCUCAAACUAAAUCCAGCACUGCCACCAGCAGAAAUUUAUCUACCUCUCCAAAAUCCUUGAAUAGCUGCAGCUCUUAUUCGCCCUUGUCCUCCUCUCCUGCGGUGUCCAAUGGUGACAACAGCAACUCCAGCUAUACAUUAAACAGUUCCAGCUCCACCAGAGGGUCAAGUGGAUACAGUUCUUCAUCAUACAGCUGUUCCUAUAAUUGCAGAGAAUCACAUUCACAAACCCAGCCAGGCCUUUGUGGUCUUAGUAACCUUGGCAACACAUGUUUCAUGAACUCAGCAUUACAGUGCUUGAGUAAUACCGGUCCAUUGACUGAUUACUUCCUACAAGGCAAGUAUGAAGAUGAACUGAAUCGAGAGAAUCCAUUAGGCAUGAGGGGAGAAAUUGCUGAAUCUUAUGCUGAGCUUAUCAAACAGAUGUGGUCAGGGAGAAACUCUUAUGUGGCACCACGAAUGUUCAAAACACAGGUUGGACGUUUUGCCCCCCAGUUUUCAGGGUACCAGCAGCAGGACUCUCAAGAGCUGCUUGCAUUUCUUUUAGAUGGUUUACACGAAGAUUUAAACCGUGUGAAGAAAAAACCUUAUUUAGAAUUAAAAGAUGCUAAUGGUCGAGAGGAUGAGGUAGUAGCUAAAGAAGCAUGGGAAAACCACCGGUUAAGAAACGACUCUAUCAUUGUAGACAUCUUCCAUGGGCUUUUCAAAUCCACACUUGUGUGCCCAGAAUGUUCCAAAAUUUCUGUUACAUUUGAUCCAUUCUGUUACUUAACUCUUCCACUACCUAUGAAGAAGGAUCGCACAAUGGAAAUCUUCUUUGUUCGGGCAGACCCAAAAUCUAGGCCAAUUCAGUGUAGAAUUAUUGUCCCGAAGAUGGGUGCAGUUACUGACCUAUGCAUCGCCCUUUCUCAAAUCUCAGGAGUUCCUGCAGAAAAGAUGAUAGUUACUGAUGUUUAUAAUCAUCGGUUCCACAAAAUGUAUCGACAGGAUGAAGCUUUGACCCACAUUAUGGACAGGGAUGAUAUUUUUGUUUAUGAAGUACCUGGUAUUGGUGAGGAAGAUACAGAGAGCACAAAAUGCAUCAGUCUACCCAUUUACUUUCGUGAGAAAAAGUUUCGAUCCUCAAAUACACCUGCAAGCACAAUUCUGUUUGGCCAGCCUUUAUUGGUUUCUGUUCCAAAAGAUAACCUUACUGUGGAUAAUCUAUAUGACCUUGUGCUUGCACGAAUUUCACGUUAUGUGAAACAAACACGAAAGGAAGAAUGUGAAAACAAUAGCUGUGGGUCUCAGAGCACAGACAAUGGGCAUUGCAGUCGGUCAAAUGGUUUAAAUGAUGAAGGUGAAGAGGAGAUGGAUCACCAAAAUGUAAGCGGAGAAAACCAAGAAGCUAGCUCUGAACCAGAAAACCAGUCUGAUGGGUCUGGAGCCGAUGAGAAUGACAAGGUGGAAAAUGGUCCCACCAAACUCCCCACCAAAGAAAGUACACAGAAUUGUAAAAAGAAAAUAUUUAACUUUAAUGUAGUGAAUGCCUAUGGCACCUCAGAUCUCAACUCCAUUACAGCAGAUGGGAAGUUUCUAAAGUUAAACUCACAUUCCACAAUUGCUAUAGAUUGGGAAACACAAAUCAAACAGCUGCACUAUGAUGAUCAAGAAGCAGAAGCAUAUGAAAAGCAUGAAAGUAUGUCACAACCACAGAAGAAAAAGAGCUCAGUUGCACUAAGGGAGUGUAUAGAUCUAUUUACAACCAUGGAAACCUUGGGAGAGCAUGAUCUUUGGUACUGUCCUACCUGUAAGAAGCACCAGCAGGCCACUAAGAAAUUUGAUUUAUGGUCACUACCAAAGAUUCUUGUUGUACAUUUAAAGCGUUUCUCAUACAACAGAUACUGGAGAGACAAACUUGAUACUUUAGUGGAUUUUCCUAUAAGGGAUCUGAACAUGUCUGAGUUUGUCUACAACCCCAAGGCAGGCCUCUGCAUUUAUGACCUUGUUGCAAUAACCAACCACUAUGGAGGAAUGGGUGGAGGCCAUUACACAGCUUAUGCUAAAAAUCAGAUAGAUGGCCAGUGGUAUUACUUUGAUGACAGCAGUGUAUCAGCAGCUUCAGAAGAUCAGAUUGUGACAAAAGCAGCUUAUGUUCUCUUCUACCAGCGUAGAGAGCCUAGUAACCAUCACAAUAGCCCAUCUGCUUCAUUGAGUGCUCCCGCUGAAGAGAAUGGCGAGGACAGUGUGAAAAAUGACCAAGAGGUCAAAAUGGACACCAACUGAGCUAGAAACAUGAUCUGCCUACUAGAAUUAUAUCAACUGUUAUUGGACUAUGCUGCUCUCUAUAUCAGCACCAGCUGCCUUCAAAAAUACACAAACAAAACCUCUUGGUGAUGCCAUUUUUUAAAAAAAAACAGAUCUGAAUGGUAAGGUGCACAAAAUUUAACGACAGUUGCUUAGCUGUUCUGCCCUGGUGCAGAAUCUUCUAUUGAUUUGACUGAAGUGAAUUGAUGAACAAUACAAUAUUGUAAAAUAAACUGCUUUAGAAAUUUUUAAAAUCGAGCUUGCUCUUCUGCUACUUGUUUUUUUCCUUUUGGGAAGGGUUGCAAUUUUGUUUCCGUCACCAGCUCCAUAUCAGAUUAAUUUGCUAUCCCAUUUUGAGUUCUGGCACAAUUCCUUAUUGAUAUAACGCUAUUCAACUGCAUGAGUGGCAUCUAACCUGCAUUCAUGCAUUAUUAAAUUGUAGCACAGCACUGGUUUAUUUGUGAUUUAGCAACUGUGACUGUCAUUAACAUUUGAUACUGUAUUAUAAUGGCACAUAAACAGGUUUCCCAGCCACCGAUUUUCAGAUUCUAAUCUAAACCAGGUUAAUAUUGCUGGUGUGUAUUGUAAAUUUCACGUCCGUUUCUAUUAGUCUUAUUUUUUUGCGCAAUUUGGUGCUUUUGUAAGUGGCUGGUUUUAAUACACCUCUCAUCAAUAAAGAUCCGUGUUUGGAGCUGA